AUGGUACCCGAAGUACAAGAUAUCGCCGCUCUUGAGCUGUACGAAGCCGUCGGGGAAGGUCGCAUCGACCGCGUUGAAUCUCUUCUAGCAGCCGGCGUCGACCCAAAUGCACGAUUCGACAACCUAGGUUCCGUUUUCACAGGAGUCGCCGAAGACUGGGCCAACGAAGAAAAAAGUGCCAGGCCUCCUUUGUUCAACCCCGACCAGACUGAACAACCUUCCCUUCGCCGAGCCACGGGCGAGUCCGAAGGUUCAUGCAGUUAUCUCGAUAAGCCCAAGGCCACGCGUCUUAUGAAUGCCCUGCUCAAGCAUGGCGCAGACCCGUAUGCGCUAUAUCGGCAGCCGAUCCUCAAAUAUCGAUAUGUGCGUCUUUACCCGGGCAAACAAGAGACGAAGAGGGGAAUCAUGGAAAAAGCCCUCCGACUGGAACGGAAACGGCGCAAUCUCGAGCAAGGAGUGUACGAUCCCAAUCGGGACGAAUUCAUAAGCGAUUUCGAAGGCAGUCUCGACGAUGUCAUUGAGUAUCUAGAUCUUCCUAUCAAUUACGGCGUGCGCAGUGUUAUCCAUGCACUACUCGAGGGCGGCAUGUUCGUCCAGCCUAUAUUUGACUUCCUAGGGGACACGCUGGAUGUCGAACGACGAGAUCCCCAGGGUCGGACGCUAUUUCUUGCAGCGUGUCGGAGCAGAGUUGGUCCAGAUGCUGCGACAAGUGGUGUCUAUGGCGGUCUCAGCACAAUCAACUACGACACUGGAAUCCACGAGAACCCCUCCCCCCAACCAGAGAAUCCAUGGAGGGAGUUCGAAGCCAAGAACUCGAAGGCCUGCACUGGGCCAACGUUCCUCUCCUUUUCCAUCGCACGUGGAGCCGAUCUACUGGCCGUUGACAAUUACGGGAAUAACGCCCUCCACCUGCUGUUUACCUAUACAGAUUGCGCUUGGAUAGGUUUACCACCGCCUAUCGAUACUACACUUGCGCACCUGAUCGAAACCUGCCCCAGUCUUAUAAACCAGCCUGACAAGGCUGGUACAUACCCUUUACAUCUCGCUAUCUGGCAAAUGAACUCCAUCAUGAUUCCAGCGCGAGACAGUCCGGCAUCAAUCUACCAUUUCGAAACCGCGGUAGACGCCCUUCUCGCUGCAAAUGCCGAUACUGCGGUCCGAGACGGGCGUGGAAAUACCGUGCUUCACUAUCUGGCUGGGAGUAGACUGGGAGAAAAGGAUCGAAUGGGCGAUGAGCAAAGGCGGUUUCUGCGGAGGUUUCUUGAGGACGGUGUUGACCCCAGAGCACGGAAUGCGGAAGGCAUGACGGCACUGGAGAUCUUCUGCACGGUCAGCUAUGAUGAAUUUGGUGAUGAGGGGUUUUAUGACCGGUAUUUUGCCAUUGGGCAAUAUGUUAUUGGCCAGUUUGAAAAGGCUGGCUACGACAUCCAGGAGACGAAUUCGAAAGGGCAGACGCUGUUGCAUUUGGUUGCUGGGCUCACCGCACCUGAGGGGAUGUCUUGGGCUGCGUGGCCUUGGUUUCAACUCCUCCGGUCUAAGGGACUUGAUCCUAUGGCGAAAGACGGGGAAGGGAAGACUCCGAUCGACAUUGCGGAGGAGAACGAGAGUAUCAAUGUUUGGUUGCAGGAGGAACGUGAGUCCAUGGCCGCAUAG